AAAGCUUUUUUUAUUUGACUUAUUCACCUUUAUUCAUGUCAGUUCAUUUCAGAAGGAUAUGGGAGGCAUCCGAUUACACAAAAACACUAUCAGUACUGAUUGAUAGACAGACAGACAUACAUACUCCCUCAGCAUAGGUAUGGAACAACAGACAGGGAAGACUGAUGGUUUAGGCAAUUAAUGUUUGUGUGUGUUAGUGCUGAGCGAUUAACCGAAAUGUUGUUUUUUAAUAUAUAUAUUUUUUUUUUGUGAGCCCAACAAGCCAUUUCUCUGGAGAGAAAUCAAAUAAUUCACGAGAGAAAUCAAGUCAAGAACUAUGUGGGACGCUGGGCUGAAGGGUGUUGUCAUUUUCAUUAAGCAAAUAUUCAACAUAGUUUAGUGCAGAAACUGAGUACAUUGUGCUGAACAGGCAACCCUGCCACACAUAAGAUGGCGCCCUAAACUCCUGCUUUUGCCGUGCUUCACAAGUAAACGGGAUUCGGGGAAACAACAUUUGCACUCUACAGUUCCGCAUUGUGAUUAUUACGCAGUCAUCUACAGCCAAUACGAGAUCGAUGGACUAACUGGAGCAUGUUUGUGUAAUUGAAACUAGCUGUCAUAAAGCAGAAAUUACUAAGAUCCCGUUUAGCCCAGUUAGAGUGAUGACCAGGUUGUGAGUUAGUGAUGGAGAACAUUGAGGAGACGCCAUUUCGGAUCACCCAUACCGUCCAAGCUCUGGGCUCCGCUCUUCGGGGAGAUCCUGAAAAUGUUCCCGAUGCUAAUGGUCUGGGUAGCGGGGACAGAAUCUCGAGUGAGCCAGAGAAGCUUUGGUUCAAAGAAAGCAGCGCUAAGAAUCUCCGAAACAGGGACUUCUUGUCACCCACCACGGUGCUGAAUACGCUUUAUGCAGACGGACAGGUUCCCCCAGCAGUGAUGGGUAGAGUGCAGUCCCUGAGAGGGACAGGGGUUCUUCCUGUGGCUGGGGGGGAACUCAUGGGAGAGGGGCUGAGGGUGCGGGUCGACCGGACUGCUGCGUUUCAGAAGGUCCUGAGUGGAGCGUCAGUGUACCUGAAGCCUCCUAGCCAGAGACAGGGGUGUGUGGUGCUCAACUGCCCCGCCCUGCACCCCAAACCCAAUUUACCGUCCCCUGACACCCUCACGUUGGGGCAACUACGCACUGUGCUGCUGACUGACCACUUAGGGGCACUACUGAGGAGACAGGGGUUUACUGUGUCCUGCUGCCCUGUGCUACCAGAGGAAAGUGACAUCAUUGUCUUCCUCCGAUUGCUUGGCAUCGAUUGGCCCACAGUGCCCGUCAGCUGGACCAAUGAUGAGAGGGAGGAGAAAAUGUUGGAGGCUUUACAGAAUUCCCCAUACAGAGAAAAAGAGGAGACAGAUGGAGGAAGAAGAGGGAGUGAAGGAAUGAAUAUGGAUGAAGAUAAAGAGGGGAUGCUCAGGGUGAACUUGAAGAGGGUGUUUCAGAAGGAGCAGCUGCCAGGGGAUGACCCCAGCCUGGGCACCUGUACAGUGCAAAGGGACAGUGUGUCUCAUCUGGCCCAACUGGACAGGGCUACUGCAGGCUGCACUGUAUCCACGGCAACCGCAGUACAUGUCACUUCCUGUCAGGAUGAGUUCCGUCAGCAGCAGAUAGCAAUGCUGUGGAGAGCCAGCGGUGCAACAGUGACACAGAGGCAUCUUGUUUGUGGACCAAUGAAGACACCUGGAACUCACCUCAGUGCUGCCCAGUAUCUUCAACUGAGAAGAGUGCAGAUGAAGGAGGCCUCGGAGAUUAAGUAUGGAGAACAAGUCGAAGACCAAACUUGGGAUGACAUCAUCAAGGUCAUGACCUCAGCCACGGUGAGGUUUGAGAUGCUCUCAACAGUCCAUACGAGCCCGGUCACUCUGGACGUGCUGAGGGAAGGCAGCGUGUCCACCAAGGGUCCCAGAGGCGGAGUCUUCGUCAUGUACAACUGUGCUCGGCUGCACACCCUAUUUGACAGCUACGAGCGAGGUGUGGAGAAAGGACUUUACCCUGAAAUCCCAGAGGGCUCCCAGUUGGACUUCUCAGCUCUAAAAGAAGAGGGGGAGUGGCUUCUUCUGUUCAAUUACCUCAUUCCAUUCUCGGAGCUUCUCGACCAAACAGGACAGACGUUGGAGUGUGAUGGAGGAGGGGCCAGAGUCAACCUGAAGACUGAACAGAUCUGCAAGUUCCUGGUGUCCCUCAGUAAGGAUUUUAGCUCCUAUUACAACAGAGUCCACGUCCUUGGGGAGCCGUUGCCUCACCUCUUCAAUCAGAUGUUCUGUCGGCUGCAGUUGUUGAGAGCACUGAGAGAGCUCUACCAUAGCGCACUGGACACUCUUCACCUUCCUCCCAUUCCACAGCUAUAGCCCCAAAUACCCCAACUAUAGCCAGAAUUAUAGCCCCAAGAACUGACCCAAAUACCCCAACUAGAGCCAGAAUUAUAGCCCCAACAACUGCCCCAAAUACUCCAACUAUAGCCCCAUGAACUGCCCCAAAUAUAAGGCCCAAUAACGGACAAAAAUAUCACUAGCCUAUCCCAUAGCAUAGAUGAAAUACACAUAGACAUUUCAAAGGUAAUAAUGUAGAUAGCAAUAGGCUUUUCUUUUCCCCCAAUUGAAGCCCUUUGAAGUACCCACAUAGUUAUGUAUGUGACAUACACCCUGUAUUACACCCACUCUAUUUAUUGUUGAUAAAAGAAAGUGUAUAAAUGAUUCACCCUACAGUGAAGUAUUUGUCUCCCCAGUCUUAGCACCAGUAUCUCUGAUGUACCACAGAUACAGCCUCUACCAUAGACACUCACUGCCUUUGAACCAAUGAACAUCUCCCGUCUUCAGUCUUCCCUUAUACAAUACCAUAGAUGCUUUUCCACUAACAAACACUGCCCUAGAGCCAUUGGUAUUUACACAGACUCUGCAUGUACACUGUAAGCAUUUUUUGGUACCCUUCCCCAGAUCUGUGCCUUGACCCAAUCCUGUCUCGGAGCUCUAUGGACAAUUCCUUCG